CAAAGAAAAUCCAACUUAUGAUUCGAAACUCCGUCGAGAUCUUAUCAAUACCACCACCAUUAACUUUCCCCAAAAAUUAAGAAAAAAGACGAAAGAGAAAACCCAGGUAGCGUGGCUUUUCCCAGUUGUUGAAAUUUACUCUAAAUAGUAGCUAAAUUUCACACCUCAGCGUAGCACCUGCUAAUAAACCUCUACGUUAGCUAAAUCUUCCUCAAAUCGCACUUUGCUGUCUCGGAAAGAUGGACCCAUUGGGAUUAUACAACACCUAAAUAUCCCUAAAGCGAUAAGGAUGACAGAAACGAUCAUUGGUCAGUUCAAGAAGAAUUGAGGUAUGAGCCUAAACAACAGGUAUCAACAACGGAUUAAUUCUUUUAUUCUGGAUUGACAGAAUUUGCUCCGAAUACAUUAUUCUCCAUGGUAACGGUAAACAAAACCCGCUGAUGGUUUUUCACUGGUUUUCAAUCCGGGUCAGACAGCUGGGUACUUGACCCAUGGAACCUUUCAGCUACGAAGAUGCAUAGUUAUGGCCGAACCAGAAAGCUUCAGAUUAAAUUUAUCAGACUCUAACAAAUUUUUAGGUAAUAAUAAUGAUGACAAUGAUGACGAUGAUGACGACGAUGAUGAUGAUGAUAUCCGAAGUGUUUGCAGUCAGUUAAAUGAUGAUCAAGACACUCAUAGAACUUUGGAUGACUCUAUAACUCACUCUCAAAGAAAACCUGAUUUAAGCUCUGGUGAUUAUGAAAGAAAACUAGAAGGGAACUUGUUAGAAACCCAUUCUGAUAGAUCUGAAAAUUCAAAAUCUUUAUAUUCAAGAAAGAGUUCCAAUAAAAAUAUGGCAACAGUCCAACGUGGUUUAGAAAAGAUUCCUAAUAUGUACAAUAUUCAUAGAGAAGAAAUGGUAGAACUGGUUCAGGAACAAGUUUAUCAGAGAGAACUACAACAACGAAUUUCUCACAAUGAAAAUGUUGACGCCAGAUUUUCCUUCCAAAACCUCCCAAUGAAAGAUACCAACGACGAUGAAUGUGAUGAUAGGUCUGAAAAUAGAAAUGGUAGUUAUGAAGAUCUUUAUGAUUCUCUUGAAGCAAAUGGCCAAUAUAAAGAAGAAGAAGAAGAAGGUAAUAAUGAAAUCAAAACUUCUCAAAGUAAAUUUGAUGAUCGUUUGGAUCAAUUCUACUUGAAGAGUCCUCAGAAAGAAAAUAGAGUUUUGGGACCCAUAAAAGGGGACCAUGAGAUUAGUGUUCAGAAAUGGUCUGAGGAACAACUAUUCAAUGAGUUUAAAAAGAUAGCUGAUGGGUAUGAUGAAAACAGUGUAGGAAUGCAUCAUCAACAAUCACCCAGACCCAGUUUGGAAACAAGUAAUAACUACUGGCAACUAAAUUCAAAUAAUAAAAGCACAAAACAUAGAACAUAUUCAGGUAAAGAGAACAUAGACUAUUUACCUUUGGUUAGAAAACCAAAUGGUCCCUCAAAGCCCUCAAUGAACUAUGUGGAAUUCAAUAAAUUCAAUUAUGAUAAACCUAUUAAGAACCAAUCUUACAAAGACUUACAUUCUCAAAGAAAAUAUAGCUCUAAACCAGAAAGUUUUCAUCGAAACAGCAGUUCAGGAAGAAGCGAACCUGCACUAAGUCAUCAAGAAAUAACAAGGCCUUUACUUCAGAAAAAACCAGCUUCUGCUGAGGAUCUGUGGAGAAAGCGCUCCACACAACUUGUCCAUGAACUAGAGCGCAAGUUACCACCAGUUGGGAAGCUUCAAAAAUUUCCUAGUGAUAGUAAAGUCAACUAUCAGACUACUAAACCUUACCAUUUACAACCAUUGAAGCCAAUUCCUCCCCCAGCUGCACAAUCACCGAGGGAUAUUUAUGGGGGUAAUGCUCCAUUGUACCAGACUAAAGUCAUUGAUUUGGAUCCGAUUUCUAAGGACUUUCUCACAGACGAUGGUCAACGCAUAAGUGUUGACAUCAACUUGAAGCUGCUUUCUCCACCAGCUUCAACUCGUUACCAUCAUGCUGAUGGUAUGCAAACUUUUGGAUUUCCACCUCCAGAUAACAGCUAUAAAGUCUUCCCAAAAAUGGCAGAUUAUCAAAAUAUGGAUGAAGUCGCCAAUUAUGAAAAGUUUUUCCGGAGUUCUGAAUUACUGAAGAGAAAAGAUAUUGACACAGGUGAAGGAAAUUCAGGGAAUUUCCUGAACAAUAGUUUGCAUGGAUCUGAUGAGAGAUUACCGAAAACUGAGGAUGAUACCAGUUAUGCGGGCCGAUACCAGAAGAUGCGCAAUGCAGACUUUAAGUAUAAAGUGUACACAGUUGAUGAUUACAGAAAAAUGCAGAAAGAAGUGAAGUUAGGAAGACUCGGACCUGAUCUUGAUAGUGAGAACUUGAAAGAAAAGCUUGAGAAACGUCAAAGACAAGCAGAAUAUGCUCGCAGAGUUCAUGAAGAAAAUAAAACAUCACUCAGUUCCAAACCGUUAGCUCCUCCUCCUUGUCCACCACAGUCAUUUACAAAAGAGCAGGAAAACAGGAGAAAAAUGGCCAUUGAAUAUUCAAAAACAGUUCCCAAACCUGCAGUAAAACCAGUUCCUUUGAAAGAAGAGAAACAGAGACCAGUUCAGAAAACAUCUCCUUUAAAAGAUGAUGCCCCAGUUUCGAAACCUUCUUCUAUAUUGUUUAAGACAGAUGAAAUUGAAAAGUUACGUGAGCAACACGAACAAGACAAGAAGGCUGCAGAAGCCAUACGACAAAGAUUAAAUGUGAAAAGUUGAAAAAAGGCAUCAAAAUCCAGGUAACUGAACAAUACAGAUCAACACUGAUCUGUUGGGACCCCAGCAUUAUAUACACACAUAUAUAUACACAAUCUGAAUAAUAUAUAUAUAUAUAUCAACACUGACCUAUUAAUACACAUAUAUCUCUAUUUGUGUAUGU